GGCUGCUCUGGACGACUUGAGGUUGAUAACGAGGGAGAGUCCGCAGGCUUGGUGGUGACGCCUUCACCCUGACGUGACAUCAACAGGAUUGUAGCCGACUGACUGAACAUAUCCAAGUUGAAUGGGAGAACAGCGCCCUCUCAAAAUUGCCAGAGCUGACCUCCCAGUCCCCAGCCCCACCUCAUAGGAGUUCUCCCUCACGUCCAGUUCCAUUCACCUUUGUUCUGCAGUCGAUCCGCAGACCCAGAUCUGACAAUGUCCUGGACACAUCCAGCACUCCUGGCUUUACUUGCUGUCCUUGUUGCCCUGACCUUGUCAAAUGGGGCUAACAGUUCAGCUGUGUCUGAUGAUAAGAAGGACUCCAAGGCAGCUGGCCCUCAAGGUGCAAUGAAGAGAAUCUUCAUGCCUGAGACAGACGCGUUCAACUUUUUCAGACGACGGAGCAGAAGAGCUGUGAAGUCCCAGGAUGAGCUCAACGCUGAGCAGAGGCAGAGGCUGGCAGCAGACGAACGCAUGAAGGAGUACCAUGAGCACCAGAGAAGCAAGUAUGAGAACUAUGCAGAGGAGGAAGGGGACGAGCAGGAUGAGAGGUCCCGUGAGGGUGGGGAGCAGUAUCGAGAGUUCCACUAUGACGGCAUUGAUCCAUCCUAUUAAUGCAACGUCAUAACGUCUCAUGAAUGACCACCAUCGCAGAGGAAGGAAACAAGGAGCAGGUGUACACUAUAGAGGAGCUAAUUUGGAAAUUGUACACAUUUCUUAAUCCUUAUAGCCUUACAAAAAGGAUUUAUUAUGCAAAAAACAUAACCAGACGUAUCAGAACUGAAGCUGUACAUAAUAAGGUUUACAGUGCCACAUACAGAUCAUUUGUAUUUCAUAGUAAGAUAUUGGUAUCUUAAAAACAUUAGAAACUACUUCUUGUUCAUAAUUUGUUUUGUGUUAUUUUUCAUUGGUGUAUCCUGAUUAUCUUUAAUUGUCAAGUAAUUUGUCUUCCUUUUUGCUUUUGUUCAAUUAUUUCUUUCUUUGGUUUGAAUUUGAUGGUUAUACUACAUUGUAAAGAUAUGUCCUGGACCUAGAGGUUGAGACCAACCCUCACUAAAUCCAUUAUGUCUAUUCAAACUAAAUAACCUAACAGAAAUGUAAUCUAUUCAAUGUUGUCUUCUGGUACAGUGUUUAAACUCUAUAGUCUGAAUCAGUAGUUGAAAUACUGUUUGAAUCUCAAUAAACAUUAGGUCCCUUAACAAGGACCUGAAUUAUCCACAUCUUAUUAAAUUAUCUAUAUUGUAUUAAUUCUGGUGUGUCUAUCA